CUAUGUGUAGGAGUAAGAGGCUGUUGAUACCUAGAAAGUUCAAAAUGGUGUGGUAAUUAAUGUAAUUUUUUAAAAUGUUUUUGAAAAUUAAAGAAAAUGUUACACUGAAUGUCGUGUAAACUAAUAAAUAACUGAAUUCGUAACCAAGUUCAGAAUCUGAGUAAGCAACAAGGAGAAAGUAAACAACUUGAGCUUCAACUUAAUCUUUGAGCAGACAAGGAUUUCUUCAACAUUGCAGAAUGACAAAAAGACCCAAGUAUCAUCACAUCAUAAGUUCUGUGCAGAAGAUUGCUUUGUAUGAAACAAAAGCUAGAUAUUUCUUGGUUGGUUCUAACAACACUCAGACAAAGUUUCGUGUUUUGAAGAUAAAUCGUAUGGAGCCUAUGGAGUUAAACGUGACUGAUGAUAAGAUAGAGUAUGGACUGAAAGAAAUAAGAGAUCUACUAAAAAUGCUAAAUCUCGGAAACAGACAAAGACAGGGGCAAAAGACUAACCCAGGGUUUAAUCGCACUGUUUCAGCAUUCGGAAUUGUUGGUUUUGUAAAGUUUCUUGAAGGCUACUAUAUUAUACUGAUCACCAAAAGGCGUCGUGUAGCAGAAAUUGGUCACCACACUAUUUAUAAAAUUGAAGACACUCGUAUGGUAUACAUACCUAAUGAAGGUGAUCGAAACACAAAUCCAGAUGAAACCAGGUAUCUGAAGAUGUUUCAAAACAUAGACCUUUCUAGUAAUUUUUAUUUUAGCUACAGCUAUGACUUGAGUCACACGCUUCAGUACAACUUAGCACCUUUAAACACAUCAUCCCAUGCUGAUUCCUGCGACACACUAGACCAAACUGAAACAGCUCUGACAUGGAAUCUGCAAAUGAAGACCACCCAGAGUGCAACAGUAGAGGUUGCUGAAAAUUUCCUAGCAAGUUUGCAGUCUUCAGGCAAUAAACAUCAUCAGAGAAUCCGGCAGAGUAAAUCCAGUGGUCCAGAAGACUCUUACAGUUCUACUGGUAGUGAAAGUGAAGUCUGGUCAGAACUUCGACAGACAGAUGAACAUCAAGACUCUUCAACUAAAGAUUCAGAAGAAGGGCAUCACUAUGGAGUCCGAUGUAAACCUCAUUGGAAAUUUGUAUGGAACACAGAACUAUUAGAGCCUGUUGACAUACAUUCAGACUGGAAAUUAUAUAUCACUCAUGGCUUUAUUGGACAGUCAAAUAUUAGUGUUUAUGGGAAACCACUAUAUCUGACUUUGAUAGCCAGAAGAUCUCAGAAAUUUGCUGGUACUAGAUUUUUGAAACGAGGGUCCAACUGUGAAGGUCAUGUUGCCAAUGAAGUGGAAACUGAACAGAUUAUCCAUGAUUCUUCAGUCUCGUCAUUUACUUUAGGACAUUUCACUGCUUUUGUCCAAAUGAGAGGGUCUGUCCCUUCUCAUUGGUCCCAGGAUAUUUCUAAGAUGGUGCCCAAGCCUCCAAUUUCAUUGGACAUGUGUGAUCCCUUCUCAUAUACUGCUGGACAACAUUUUAACCAACUGUUGCAUCGCUAUGGAGCUCCUAUUAUCUGUCUAAAUUUGGUGAAGAAACGAGAAACCAAGAGACAUGAGAGUAUUCUAGGAGAUGAAUUUACUUUUGCAAUAGACUAUCUCAACCAAUUUUUACCCCCUCAACAUCACAUAAAACACAUCUGGUUGGAUAUGGCUCGUGUUAACAAACUUAAAGAAGUCAAUGUGAUGGAUAGGCUAUCUAAAAUUUCCUAUGGAGUUCUGCGUAAGACAGGAGUCUUUCAAAGUUGGCCACGAUAUUAUUGGCAAGAUUUACCUUAUAGUAAGCAGCAUCGACUAACUGGAGGAUUUAUAACUGAGAGUGGAUCUAUUCUACAGACUGGAGUGGUUAGAGUUAACUGUGUUGAUUGUCUGGACAGAACAAAUACAGCUCAGUUUGCUCUUGGAAAAUGUGCUAUGGCAUUCCAGCUUUAUGCUUUAGGAGUUUUAGAGAGCCCAAAGUUGGAGUUUGAUACAGACAGUGUCAGGUGGCUGCUGGUUGAACCUUUUAUAGAUGCAGACAAACAAAAUGCUAUCAACCUUUUUUUGCAAGUUUACCAACCAAAUAAUCACCAUACUCCAUUGUGGGACCUACCAACAGAUUAUUAUCUACAUAAUCCUACUGCAGCUGGAAAAAUUGUAUGUCACAGAAAUCUUUACACAAGAUGGUGGGAUGAAGAUGUAGCUGGUUGUUUACCAUUAGCAUUUGAUGAAGUGAUCAAAGGACACAAAAACACAAUAGUUGAAGUCUAUCAAGCUUUGUUUCCUGAUGAGAGGAUUGAUGGGUUCUUUGAACAUUAUAGGCCAUAUGAGAUGUCAGUUUUAAAUGAAAUAUAUUCCUUUAUCAUGGCUCAUUCAAUAAG